UCUGCCAAGAGUAACAAACUCAGAGCCCUCUGCAGUCUGGCUGGGGCGCCUCCCCGAGACUCCUGUGCGGGCCAGGGAGGUAGGAGAUGGGACCGCUGCAGGGAGAGGGCAGGCCGGCCCUUGGGGAGACCAAUGUGGCUCCAAGGCGGAGUUCAGUCGGGGUCUGGUCUCUGCCUCAGCCCUACAAGGAGCCUGUCUUACACGACAUGGGGUUGCCACUGCCCAAGAAGACGGGCCUCAUUCUCUGCCUGUGGAGAAAGUUCUGCAGAUGGUUCCAGAGACAGGAGUCCUGGGCUCAGAGCCGAGAUGAGCAGAACCUGCUGCAGCAGAAGAGGAUCUUGGGGUGUCCUUUCCUUCUAGCUGCCAAAGAGAAUGAUGUCCAGACUCUCAACAAGCUGCUCGAGUAUCAGGCCUGUGAGGUGCACCAAAGAGGAGUCAUGGGGGAGACAGCGCUGCACAUAGCGGCCCUCUAUGACAACCUGGAGGCUGCCAUGGUGCUGAUGGAGGCUGCCCCGGAGCUAGUCUUGGAGCCCAUGACAUCUGAGCUGUAUGAGGGUCAGACUGCACUGCACGUGGCCAUCAUGAACCAGAAUGUGAACUUGGUGCGAGCCCUGCUCGCCCACGGGGCCAGCGUCUCUGCCAGAGCUACAGGAACAGCUUUCCGCCUCAGCCCCCACAACCACAUCUACUUUGGGGAGCACCCUUUGUCCUUUGCUGCCUGCGUGGGCAGUGAGGAGAUCGUGCGUCUGCUCAUUGAACAUGGAGCUAACAUCAGGGCCCAGGACUCCCUGGGAAACACAGUGUUGCACAUCCUCGUCUUCCAGCCCAACAAGACCUUUGCCUGCCAGAUGUACAACCUGCUGCUCUCCUAUGACAAACGUGGGGGCCACCUGCAGUCCCUGGAUCUUGUACCCAAUCACCAGGGUCUCACCCCUUUCAAGCUGGCAGGAGUGGAGGGCAACACUGUGAUGUUCAAUCACUUGUUGCAGAAGUGGAAGCACAGCCAGGGGACAUUUGGGUUGACAACCUAUACCCUCUAUGAUCUCACAGAGAUCGAUUCCUCGGGGGAUGAGCCAUCACUGCUGGAACUGAUUGUCACCACCAAGAAGCGGGAGGCUCGCCAGAUCCUGGACCAGACACCAGUGAAGGAGCUGGUGAGCCUCAAGUGGAAGAGAUACGGGCGACCCUACUUUUGCCUGCUGGGUGCCUUGUAUGUGCUCUAUAUCAUCUGCUUCACCAUGUGCUGCAUCUACCGCCCCCUGAAGCCCAGGACUGAUAACCGCACACAGCCCAGGGACAACACCCUCCUGCAGCAGAAGCUCCUUCAGGAGGCCUAUGUGACCCCCCAGGAUGCUAUCCGACUGGUGGGGGAACUGGUAACUGUCAUUGGAGCUGUGUUCAUCCUGAUUGUAGAGGUAUGGUGUGGACUGGGUCUGAGGUGGGACUGUCUGAUCCAAGUCUACACCAGCCUCUUCCUACUUCCCCUCUGUCCCCACAUGCAGGUUGUGGCCACCACAGUGAUGCUGGAGCGGAAGUUGCCUCGCUGCCUGUGGCCUCGCUCGGGGAUCUUUGGGGGAGAUUACGGGCUGGGGGACCGCUGGUUCCUCCGGGUGGAAGACAAGCAGGACCUCUACCAGCAGCGAGUCCGGCGCUAUGCACGGGCCUUCUACAACCGGGGAUCCGAUGACUUGGACAAGGACUCAGAAAAACUCCAACCACAUCACCCCUCUGGCCCCAACUUGUCCCUUCCUACCCCCUCAGUGUCUCGAAGCACUUCCCGCAGCAGCACCAACUGGGAGAAACUUCGG